CCCACACCCUCUCCCCGCGCUCCCGCCUCUUCCGCGCGGCUUCUCCCCGCCCCCGCACUCCUGCCCCGCACCCCUUCGCCGCGCCUCACACCUUCUACCUGCUCCUGCCGCUUCCCUGCGCCCUGUCUUCGCGCUCGACCCCCAUCCCUUCCCCGCGCUCUCAACCCGCGUUCCUCCUUUUCUGCGCCCUCACCCUUUUCCCGCGCGUUUCCCUCUCCCCGCGCCCCACCGUCUCCCACGUCCGCCUCUGCGUCCUUCUCCGCGCCCCACCUUCUCACCGAGCCUGAACCCGGGUCCCGGCCCGCAUCCCCCUACCCAGCAACCAGGCUCCACCGCCAUGAAGGUGAAGAUUAAGUGCUGGAAUGGCGUGGCCACUUGGCUCUGGGUGGCCAACGACGAGAACUGUGGCAUCUGUCGGAUGGCCUUUAAUGGCUGCUGCCCGGACUGCAAGGUGCCGGGCGACGACUGUCCCCUGGUGUGGGGCCAGUGCUCCCACUGCUUCCACAUGCACUGCAUCCUCAAGUGGCUCAACGCACAGCAGGUGCAGCAGCACUGCCCCAUGUGCCGCCAGGAAUGGAAGUUCAAGGAGUGACACGGCCCCUCUGGGCUGUGACAGGGUUGACACGAGGACUGGAGCCGCCUUUGUUUUUCAUCACGCGUUGACGCUUUUAUCCAAUAAAUAAAACUCACUGAAUUGCCUGA